AUGACCCACCGGUAUAUCAGCUACUCUUCCCAGUUUGGUGUCAUCUGCAGACUUGCUGAGACUACACUCUGCUCCAUCAUCCAGAAAAUUAAUGAAGAUGUUGAACAGGACUGGACCAGAGUUCUGAAGAAAGCUAGUGGGGAGCUUUUAAUAGGAGAAACUAGAGCAAAGGAAACCAGUGUGCUUCCUGAACAGUUACUUCAGGUAGAAGAGCCUGUUUCACUGAAUUUUGGCUGGAGAAAUGCAUUUAAAGACCUGUCUUCUGCUGUGGCUCACUGUAUAACAAUAGCAGUUGAGGAUUUUUCAGCUAAAAUUCUUCAACAUGAGCAGAAAGAAGAGAUUUCAGCUGCAGGCUAUGCAAUGAGUCUUGUAAACAACCAGCAAAUGAGGGAGUCCUGCGGAGCAGUCCAACAGGAGGAGCAACCAAAACGAAUUGCUAAGUUUUGUUCUGACAUCAUGGAAGAACUUGACACAUUGCUUCCAUUGGCUCUGGCAUGCAGAGAUGAUUCUCUUCAGGAAAUUAGAGCAAACUUUGUAGAGGCCUGCAGCAAAGUGGCAACAGCUGUCUUGGCAAGACUAGAGGAGAAAAGCAAAGACGUUCCAUCGAAGGCUCCCCUGCAAGACUUUUAUGCCACCCUUUCCACAGUGAUAUAUGUCUUUCAGCAUUUUACUAUGUAUAGCAAUUUAAUGAGAGAAACGAACAAAAAACCCCUGUUCCUAGUGCCUCUCCAACAAUAUCAGGAAUUCAUCAGCGUUCUCCAAUUUCAAGUUACGGACUACUGCGUCAGAGUUUGUGCUACAAGCAUUUUACAGGAUGCUGAGAGCCACCAUUGGGAUGACAACAAAGCUUUUUAUGAGGGGGAAAGAUGCUCAUUCUCUAUCCAGAUGUGGCAUUACUUCUGCUGUGCUCUUCGUCAUGAUCUAUGGACUAUUCUACCUCCCAAAAUAGCCCAGGAGAUUCUUACAGAUGUACUAGAGCAAUCCUUGGCUAUAUUGUCCUCCAGAUACUGUCUGGCCUGCCCCAGUUACAAGAGAACACCACAAAUCAGGUAACGGUUGUAUAUUUAAUGCACACUUUUAAUGGAUAAAAUAACAAUUUUGAUGUGCACUGAAGAUAUGCUCUGGUCAGUUUGUAGCUCUGUACAGGAGUUUCUGAAUACACAUGAAGACAGAGAUCACAAGAUCUGUAAAAUACAUAGCCACUGCAAUAGUCUGCUCUCUGUGCUGGCUAUUUUAACUUCACCACUGAAGAAUUUGUAUGAGACUCCAUCAGACAGAGAAAUGUCAGCCCAGGGUCAGCUGAAACUGCUCUUAUCCCAGCCGUACUGUAAUUUGAACUUGCUGUUGGAAACAUUGCUACAUCACGAUUGUCUCUUAGUGAAAAUUUUGCUGAGAAGUUCAAAACAGAUGAAUAACAAACAGCCUACUCUGAUUGAAACAGUCUUCACAGUAUUGUCCUACUGCACUUUGUCACCUAAAUCUCUUGGCAUUGCUUUUGAGACCUACAUGGAAAAAGAGCAGUUGUGGAAUUGCUUAUACAAUAUGACAGUUUCCAGUUGUGGUGGGUCGGAGCCAGAGGUUAUCAGAUGCUUGAAGUUGACUUUGAUUAAUUCAGUCAAGGGUAUAGUGAAGCAGAUGAUUUCUUUGAUGCAUUCAUGGGAGGCAACAGAAAACUACGGAACGUACCAGCACAAACAAAUAGUUCCUGCAAGUUUACUGAAAACAGUUCCAAAGGACUGGAAUUACACUCCUCGGGAAAUGAAGAGAAGAGAAUCUGGGAAAU